AUGCGAAUCGAACAUCCUUCCUCUGUACGACUCGCAGCCGCACUCCUCAUCAUGACCCUCGCCUCCUCCUCCUCCUCCCCUUUCACCUCAGGCGUCAACGCUCUCAACAUCAACAACCACGACAAACUCUCGCUAUCUCACAACGACGACGAACCAUCCUCUUUACCACCCUCACUCCCACCUCACAUCCAACAAUACCUCCACCACAACCAGCACCAACAACUCCUCAAACGCCUCUUACCCUCCUCACAACCCCCCAUCCUCUCCAAACGAGCGACCCCACAAGGGUGGAUAGACUACUACACUUCCUCAGGCGCAUUCAUCGACGAAUCAACCCUAACCUCAGGCUCCUGCCUCACCCUCCCCUCCACCUGGGGGAUCCUCGACAUCACCCUUGCAACCCGCCCCAACCCCGCCAACAGCGAACGUGAUGUGCUACAGCUCUUUAACGAUAAGAACUGUAUCACGGUCAAUCGGGAACCGGCAACCCAGACGGGUUGGGUGAUCAUUGCGAUGUAUUUUAACAAAGUCCCUCAGAGCUUACAGUGGGCUCGUAUUGGGGCUUCGGCAACGACACAGACGACGACGACGACGACGACGACGGCGAGCUCUCAAUCUACAGCAUCAACAGCAUCCAAACCAGCAUCUUCUUCCUCUUUUGCAUCAACACAAACACUCUCAGUUUCAACAUCUUCAAUACCCUCCCCCUUACCAACAGACCAACUCAUUCCACCAGAUGGCCUCGCAAACCCACAACCCUCGCACCACACAACCUUCCCCAGCGCCCUUAUCCCUCCAAAACCUGUCCCAGACUCCUCGUCCUCCUCCGCAUGGGGCGACAACUGUGGCGGUCCCGAAAACGAUCCCGACUCACCCGGUUGCAGAGGCGCCCGUCAAGUAUCGCACAUUCUCAUUACCGGGAUCACGAUCGCCCUCGUGGUUGUAGCGUUGAUGGCCGCUGGAGCGUUUUAUAUCUACAGGAAGUUUUAUGCGAAUGCCUUGCCGACCACCACGACUGGGAACUCGUCUUCUUACCGACCCAACCAACUCAACAAUCAAAGCCAUACCGGAGGAGGAGGAGGAGGAGGAGGAGGGAGCUACGCGUUCAGCGGAACACACAAUAUGAACAGCUCGGCCUCAGGUUCUGGAACCCGCUUCGGCUCCGGAACUGCAAGCGGCACGUUAACAGGAACAGGAACAGGAACAGGAACAGGAACAGGAACAGGAACAGGAACAGGAACAGGAACAGGAACAGGAAUACAACUAGGAGACGACGCGAACCCAGACUACGAGUACUGCCACGACCAGGACGAGAACGAACCACCCCGGUUCAUGUUUGAUCAUCGCCGCGAUAACGUGGACACUAACCGCAACCCCCUGGCCGCGCCACCAUCCUCGGUUCCUUACCCGAACAAUUCGUCGGAUAUCAAUCUCAUCGAACGCGUUCGAAAAUAA